GUUGCUGAAGAGGAGAGGCGGGCCUCGGGGAGCGUUUCAGGGUAGGGGGGUGGGGGGGAAAGAUGGCGGAGCUGAUGCUCCUCAGUGAGAUUGCGGAUCCGACGCGUUUCUUCACCGACAACCUGCUGAGCCCGGAGGACUGGGACGGCACCUUGUAUACUGGCCUGGAUGAAGUGGCGGAGGAGCCGCCGCAGCUCUUCCGUUGUUUGGAACAAGAUGUCCCGUUUGACAGCAGCUCCAUGGAUGUGGGAAUGGAUGCCAGCCCCCCUGAGCCCCCUUGGGACUCCCUGCCUAUCUUCCCAGAUCUUCAGGUGAAGUCUGAGCCAUCCUCCCCCUGCUCUUCUUCCUCCCUCAUCUCUGAAUCUUCACAUCUCUCCACAGAGCCCUCCAGCCAGGCCCCUGGAGUAGGGGAGGUGCUGCAUGUGAAGGCAGAAUCCUUGGCACCCCCACUCUGCCUCCUGGGAGACGACCCAACAUCUCCAUUUGAAAUCGUCCAGAUCACUGUGGGGCCCUCUGCCGAUGACCCCUCAGGUAACGACCGCUGGCAUGGACCUGAGCUUCACCAAGAGGUCCAGACCAAGGUGGAACCUGUCUCUCCGUCCUCCUCUGUGAACUCGGAGGCGUCCCUGCUUUCGGCGGACUCCCCCAGCCAGGCGUGUGUAGGCGAGGAGGUGCUGGAAGUGAAGACAGAGUCUCCAUCCCCCCAGGGGUGCCUCCUCUGGGAUGCCCCGGCCCCCGCACUCGGAGCAGUCCAGAUCAGCGUGGGUCCAUCCCCUGAAAGUUCCUCAGGGAAAGCUCCGCCCGCCCGGAAGCCACCACUGCAGCCCAAACCCAUGGUGCUCACCACCGUCCAGAUGCCGCCCAGAGCCGUGCCUCCCAGCACCACGGUUCUGCUGCAGCCGCUUGUCCAGCCGCCUGCAGUGUCCCCAGUCGUCCUCAUCCAAGGUGCUAUCCGAGUCCAGCCUGAAGGGCCAGCCCCCGCUGGGCCACGGCCCGAGAGGAAGAGCAUCGUCCCGGCACCUAUGCCUGGGAACCCCUGCCCACCCGAGGUGGAUGCAAAGCUGCUGAAACGGCAGCAGCGAAUGAUCAAGAACCGGGAGUCGGCCUGCCAGUCCCGGAGGAAGAAAAAGGAGUACCUGCAGGGGCUGGAGGCGCGGCUGCAGGCCGUGCUGGCCGACAACCAGCAGCUGCGCCGGGAGAAUGCUGCCCUCCGGCGGCGGCUAGAAGCCCUGCUGGCCGAGAACAGCGAGCUCAAGUUGGGGUCCGGAAACAGGAAGGUGGUCUGCAUCAUGGUCUUCCUGCUCUUCAUUGCCUUCAACUUUGGCCCUGUCAGCAUCAGCGAGUCUCCUCCUCUGGCUCCCGGCUCCCACACGGGCGGGCAGGAGCCCCGGCCCCAGAGGCACUUGCUGGAGUUCUCAGAGCAGCACCCGGUUCAGGGGACGGAGCCCUUCCAGGGGUCUCCUGAGGGCCCCGAGGAGCCACAGUCCAGCCCUGCAGCCCGGCCCAGCUUCAGGAACCUGACAGCCUUCCCCGGGGCGGCCAGGGAGCUGCUGCUGAGGGACCUGGACCAGCUCUUCCUCUCCUCUGACUGCCGGCACUUCAACCGGACCGAGUCCCUGAGGCUCGCCGACGAGCUGAGCGGCUGGGUACAGCGGCACCAGAGAGGCAGGCGGAAGAGCCCCCCGAGGGCCCCGAAGAGACAGAAGUCUCAGCCACGCAAGAAGCUGCUCCCAGCUAAGGCCGUCCCCACUCAGCCGCCGGGGCCCCCCGAGAGGGACCCGGUGGGUCAGCUGCAGCUCUAUCGCCACCCAGACCGCUCACAGCCGGAGUUCCUGGAUGCCAUCGACCGUCGGGAAGACACGUUCUAUGUUGUGUCCUUCCGAAGGGACCACUUGCUGCUUCCAGCCAUCAGCCACAACAAGACCUCCCGGCCCAAGAUGUCCCUGGUGAUGCCCGCCAUGGCCCCCAAUGGUAACUGUCCCCCAGUGAGGGGAGGGGCCCCGAAUUGAGGCAAGGGGACGUUCCAGUAGGGAGGGGAUGGGGGCCGGAGAGGUGGUGGGCUCGGAAGAGCAGCAGGAAGGGAGGAGAGAACAGCACCGGAGCCUGAGGGCAGGCGGACAGGCGCAGGGCCUCGGUGCGGGGCCAGGCAGUGGCCGAGCGGUGCCCUUGGGCCCUGUCCGUGCGUCACUCUCUUCUCCGGCACUGAACGCCCACCUGGGUCCUCACUCCU